CGUUAUUCUAUUACUAUCCUGGUGGUGGUUUCACUUCUCAGGGUGAAGGACGUCCGCAAACGCAAGGACCUAAGGUCCCAGAUGUCCACAUCCUCAGCAGCAAGGUAAACACAGCCGGCCCAAGUUCCAGCAGUCCCUGCUCACGUGAGCUAGGCGGAGUCCUCACGCGCCUGCGGCGCAUGCGCGCAGGAGGCGAGUCGCAAGAGGCGGAGGCUCGGUGAGGUGCGGGCUGAGCCCCAAGGGUCUCGCCUCUGUCCGGCUAGACCUGGACCUUGGGGUAGCGCAGGCGCCUGUCGGGACGUGACCGCGCUUAGGCGCGCCGGGCUCACCGCCCAGACUCGCCCAGGUUCGGACGCCCCACGCUGCGCCUCUGCGCCAGCGGACACUCCCCGUCGGCGGCGUGUGGUAGCGCUGCGACGGGCGGUGUGGGCGGAGCUCGCCGCCCGGGGCCGCGGAUUGGCUGCCUCGGCCUUGCCUUUCACCUUCCUGGCGGUGGAGUUCAGGUGCUCAUAAUCCUUACCUUCCAUGACAGAUCUUGACGACAAUAUAUGCAAAAGAUAUGUAAAGAUGAUAACUAAUAUAAUUAUAUUGAGCCUGAUCAUUUCCAUUUCUUUAGCUUUCUGGAUUAUGUCAAUGACUGCAAGCACUUACUAUGGUAAUUUACGGCCUGUUUCUCCUUGGCGUUGGCUGUUUUCUGUUGUUGUUCCUGUUUUGAUCGUCUCUAAUGGCUUUAAAAAGAAAAGUCUAGAUCAUAGUGGAGCUUUAGGAGGGCUAGUGGUUGGAUUUAUCCUAACCAUUGCAAAUUUCAGCUUUUUUACAUCUUUGCUGAUGUUUUUUCUUACUUCUUCAAAACUCACUAAAUGGAAGGGAGAAACAAAGAAGCGUCUAGAUUCAGAAUAUAAGGAAGGAGGGCAAAGGAAUUGGGUUCAGGUGUUCUGUAAUGGAGCUGUGCCCACAGAGCUGGCCCUGCUCUACAUGAUAGAAAGUGGUCCUGGGGAAAUCCCAAUAGAUUUUUCCAAGCAGUACACUGCUUCCUGGAUGUGUUUGUCUCUCUUGGCUGCACUGGCCUGCUCUGCUGGAGACACCUGGGCUUCAGAAGUUGGCACAGUUCUAAGUAAAAGCCCGCCAAGGCUGAUAACAACGUGGGAGAAGGUUCCAGUUGGGACCAACGGAGGAGUUACAGUGGUGGGCCUUGCCUCAAGUCUCCUUGGUGGUACCUUUGUGGGCAUCGCAUACUUCCUCACACAGUUGGUUUUUGUGAAUGAUUUAGACAUUUCUGCACCCCAGUGGCCAAUUAUUGCAUUUGGGGGUCUAGCUGGAUUACUAGGAUCAAUUGUGGACUCAUAUUUAGGGGCUACAAUGCAGUUUACUGGUUUGGAUGAAAGCACUGGCAUGGUGGUCAACAGCCCAACGAAUGAGGCAAAGUACAUAGCAGGGAAACCCAUUCUUGAUAACAACGCAGUGAAUCUGUUUUCUUCUGUCCUUAUUGCCCUCUUGCUCCCAACAGCUGCUUCGGGUUUUUGGCCCAGGGAGUAAACUUUUAUUUCAUUUCCACAGGUCAAAACUGGUGAGUCCACCUAAAUUUGCAAUUCCAACUUUUAUCCUAACAAUAAUACUUGUAGUGGCAAAGCAGAAUUACUAGUUCCACCCUUAUUCCAUUGUGGUAGAAUUCUGUUUUCCUCUCAACUCCCUGUAACAGCUAGCAUCUUUCUAGUGAAAGAGAAGAGUUCAUAGAACUUACACGUAUUUUUCUUCUGCUGAACGGAGGUUCUUGAGCAGUGAAGCUACAUUGUCCCUACAUAUUGCUAUAUAUUGAAUUGAAAAUUCCUACAUAGUCAAUGUAUUCCUACAUAGUCAGGUAUUAAUUUGUUUUUGUUUGUUUAAACCAACAUAGUCUAAAAGUGAUGAUGUUUAAAAUGGUUCUCAGUUGAGGCAAAGAAAUGCUACUGUGCCAGUUACCCAAAUGUUGUAUCUACCUUAAAUGUUUUAAGCUAAUAUAUGUGGAAGCCUAAAUAAGUGUAGUAUCCUACACUUCUCCAUUUACCUUGCCAUCACAAUUGUGAAAAAUGUGGAAAUUGGUCCCUAGUGACUUAUGUAGCAUACUCCACACUUGUUCUUCCUUCCUCAGGGUUAGUGAUGAUAAAAAAAAGUAAAUGCCUUUUUCAUAUGACCAUUAUAAAGUAUGAAAAAAAUAUUUUUAACUAAAAGCAAGAGAACAUUAUCUUAUAUCUAAAAAAUGUGCACCUUACUAUAUAGUUCAGUUGUUCUCUGAACAGAAACUAUCUUGAAUUCAAUAUUCUUAAUGUAUUGUCUAGCUUUCUUUGAAGUAUGUAUAAGAAUAUGGUUUAUUAUUGGCAUCCCAAACAGAGUCAGUGGAAAAUUAUUGUAUUUUUUAAAAAUUUACUAUGCUAUAAGUUGCUGGAAAAGGGUAUGAUUUCCUAUUAUGUACAUCUAAGUUGUGCUCUUCUUUACAUUGUAGUCUCAACUAAAGUGAAUUCUGCUUUUCAGUUUUGUUCUUCACUCUGAUUUACUAUGUGCUAAAGGAGUUUUGACGUGGAAUGGAUUAUUUUACUAAAAGUAUUUUUAAAUGUUUCUCAUGUGAUCGCUGUACCUUUUUUUCCUGGCCCAUUUUGCUUUCGUAAAGAAAUUGGGGAAGGAAUCCUUGAAUAAACCACCACAUGAGUGGA